UUUUUAUUAUUUUUAAAUUUAAUACAAAGAAUGUCUUCAUCUUUAUUAGCAACAAGAAGUAAACAACGACAAGAAAUUGAAGAAAUUUCUCAAAAUCCAAAUUUAAUAAAGGAUUUAAAAAUUUUGCUCUCCAAAUGCCCGAAGGAUUAACAAUGUUUGCCUGUUUAAUUGCAGAUAUUUUAGAAAAAUAUACUCAAAAUGUUGAAUUUAUAAUUUUGGGGGAUGUUACUUAUGGAGCUUGUUGUGUAGAUGAUUAUACGGCUAGGGCUUUGGGCUGUGAUUUGCUUGUACAUUAUGCACAUAGUUGUUUGGUCCCAAUUCAACACACAAUUGGAAUUCAUUUACUUUAUGUUUUUGUCAAUAUAGAUAUACAAAUAACACAUUUUUAUGAUACAAUAAAACAAAAUUUUAAUUCAAACAAAAAUUCUUUAAAAAUUGCUUUAGUUAGCACAAUACAAUUUAUUGCUUCUUUACAAGAUGGCUUUCAAAUAAUUAUACCUCAAGCUAAUCCUCUUAGUCCUGGAGAACUUUUGGGGUGUACAUCGCCUAAAUUGCCUGAUGAUGUUUCUGCUAUAAUUUAUCUGGGUGAUGGCCGUUUCCAUUUAGAAUCAAUAAUGAUUCACAAUCCCAAAAUCCCAGCAUAUCAAUAUAAUCCUUAUUCACAUGAAUUUACUAUUGAAAAAUAUGGUUUUGAAAUGUUACUUUCAAAUAGACAAAAAGCUAUUGAAAUUGCUAGAAAAUCAAAAAGAAUUGGUUUAAUUCUUGGAACUUUGGGGAGACAGGGAAAUAUAAAAAUAUUUGAGUAUAUUGAACAACAAUUAAUAAAUAGUGGAAAACAACCAAUAAAAAUACUUUUAUCUGAAAUAUUUGGAUCUAUAUUAGAUAAAUUUAAUUCAAUAGAUUGUUGGGUCCAAAUAGCCUGUCCAAGACUUUCAAUAGAUUGGGGGCACACAUUUAAAUUACCUUUAUUAACUCCUUUUGAAAUGUCUACAGCAAUUUUAUCAAAUAAUAAUUUAAUUAAAUUAAAUGAUUAUCCAAUGGAUUAUUAUGCAAAUGAAAGUAGAGGGCCGUGGACAAAUAAUCAUGAAAAUUAUAGACAAAAUAGGAAAAAGAAAAUUGAACAUAUUUCUCUUAUUAAAUGUUAA